UAUUAUUACAUAUGGAUCUCCGAUCUACACGAUGGCCCAGUGGACUCGCCCGCCUUUUCUCUCUCCUCCGCCAGCCAGCAUGGAAGUCUCUCGUCUGCUGCAGGACUCGCCCUCGCAGCACAGAAAGAGACCACCAAACCAGCCACCCACCGAAGGAAGCAGCACCAGCGACUCGACCCAGCCCCACUACACUCCCCACCAGCCAGCCCCAUCGUCGUCGCCGUAUGCAUUCCCAUUCAACAACACCCCACACCGCAUCAACCCACGUCCUCCUCAUCCACCCCAGCAGCAGCAGCAGCAGCAGCAGCAACAGCAGCAGGUCCCCAUCGCAUCGCCCAUCGACUCUCUGUCUGGCCCUGCAAUGGCCAGUCUCCAGCACCCGUCCCCAUCUCACGUGCACUCCCCCGGUCCCUGGGGUCCUCCUCCUCUGGUUCCGCGUCAACAGGGGUCCACACCCAAUCUGGGGCCUUGUUCGUCUCACCAACCACCUCCCUCCCAGCACGUCAAACCGGCUAUGCCCGGGACAGCCAGCAGGGCCCUCCAAGACUCUCAGACACCCAGCACCCGUCCCAGCCCAGCCAACUCUGCCGCCCACUCUCCCCCCACGAGACCUGUCCCUCCAGGCACUCUCAUCUCCUCUUCAGGCACCCUCAUCCUUGACAAGCGCAUCGCUGACGAAAAGGCCCGCCUACAGGGGAACCCAAAUGGCCCAGCUGGCCACAAGCAACGAGACCAGCAAGACAUGGAGCUCAUCCGCCAAGUCGCACACAGGCCUCACUACCCUCCCCCUCCACCCACAGUCGGACUCGAUCGCCCUGUCUCAUCCCCCCAUGACCGCCCCUUAGCGUCUCCUCACGACCGUCCUAUUCCAUCUCCUCUUGAAAGAGAGCGUGCCCAACAUGGCCCCAGCGGUGCGCCAACGAGAACGGGAAUGCAACACUCCCCACCCGGUUCAGGUGGCCAGAGAAUGCCUAUGCCGCCUCUACCUCACGAACGAGAACGUCUCCCACAUGACCGCGCACCGCCACCGCCACCACACGACCGUGAACGUCCUCAUCACUUGUCACACAACCAUAAUACACACUCCCAUCCACCACCACCCCAUCCCCAUUCACACGGAAUCGGUCCCCACAGCCAACAUCGGCCAACUGUCACUGGCCCAAGCAUCUUACCAGGUCAAGGCCAAUUCCUCGCUCACCCACCCCCGGAAUGGGACAGGGAGAAGGACCGCGAAGAACGCGAGAGAGAAUACGCCUUCCAUCCCGACAUGAUCCGUGACAGACAGCGGCAACGCGAGUGGGAGAGGGAGCGAGAGAGAGAUAUGAUGGCUGGCCCAGGCGUAGGUCCCUGUCUUCCCCCGCCUCAAAGCCAGCGAGAACGCGAGAUGAUGGACAUGGCUCGCCGCGAACGGGAACGUGAAUUGGCUUUCAGGGAUCGUGAGGGAGCUCCCCGAGAGCGCGAUCGUGACCAACGCACUCAUUCCCGCGUGCCCUCUCCCCACUCCCACCCCCAUCCGCACGUUAACCCACACAUACCCGGCCCACAGCCUCCUCAUUCACACGGCUACCCUCCACACGGACAUUCGCUUGGCGCACCCCUCAGAUCAGGUGGCGUCAGUGGUCCAGGAAUGCCCCCCUCUAACCCUCCGGCGGGGGGACCUAGUGCCGGUCCUCGGGACGUGCCCUUGGGCAUCGGAGUAGGUCCUGGCGUUUCACCCUACGCGUCGUCCCAUUCACACGACCUUACCCGCGAGCGCGAAAGCCAAUUUGCACGUGAGAGAGAACGAGAAAGAGACUUUCCUCCGAUCGGCGGCCUCGCUGAACGCGACCAGCUCCUCCGGGAACGCGAACGAGAGAGAGAACGCGAGUAUCGUGACCGGCUUGCGUUUGCAGAUCGUGCAGACUGGGAAAGGGCUGAGCGAAUGGAGAGGGAGAGAAUCGAACGUGUCGAGAGAGACAGAGAGCGAGAGCGAGAGAGGGCCGAUAGGGAGAGGACCGGAAUGGGAGGUAUGCCCAUGGGUGUACCCCCUCAUCCUGAAAGACAACCCCCUCGCGACCGUGUGGAUCGAGACCAACACCGGGAACAGCGCACAAUGGCAGUCCACCGAGAACGCGAACGUGAUCGAGCACUGUACGAACAGCGAGAACACGAGCGUAUGGCGUUCGAGCGUGAUCUGCACAUGCAGCAACGCGAACAGGAGAGAGAAAGGGAACAUGCCGCGUUGGAGCGCGAGCGAAACAGAAUGAUUGUGGUACCCGUGCCUGCUUUGGAUAGGGAAGGUGAACGAGAAAGAGAACGCGAACGCGAACGCAUCGGGGACCCGUCACCGUACGAUCGCGAACGGGACAAGUUGCCACUGGACCGUGAACACGAUCGGCAUUUUUUCAUGGACCCCCACAACAGGCUCGAAAUGAUGGAUCGACAGCGUGACAAGGAGAGGGAACACGUGGAGGUGAUGGAACGCGAGCGCGAACGUGAUAGAGAACAAAGGGAACGAGGGAAAGACAGAGCCAUUCCAGCAGACCACGAUCGCGAUGGCCCUGGCCCCGGCGUGGGGAUGACGACCACUACGGGGGGAAACGACAAAAUAGACAAACAGCCUGAGCCUGUGCCGGAUGCGAUGAACGUCGACCGUCCUCCAAAACGUGAACGCUUGGAGCUGCGCGACCGCCUGGAACUACUUGAACGCGAGCAUAUUGAGCUCCUCGAACAGCGGUUCGAGAUCAUCGAGCGCGAACGUCUAGAGAUGCUUGAGCGUAUGCCGACAGCGGCCGUUCGAGCUUCCGUCUCCACCGAGCUGAGACUGACCGUUAUUAUCCCGCCUGUGUUCCUCCCGGCGUGCCGGCCACCAAAGUUCAGAUUGUGGGGUGGUGGUUUACCUCCCCCUCCCCCGUUUCUACCCUCGACAGCGAUAUCACCCUUAUCAAGACGGCGUGUCUACACGGACGACUCAAACGUGAUCGAGUGCGCCGUACAUGCAGGACUGCUUACGUGGAGUGGUGUCGCACGCGCCAAGCGGGAGGGGCGGGCCGUCCGCGUGGUUCUUGCGCUCGUACCCACGCUCUCGUCUGCAUCUGGUGCAGUACGUGGACCUGCUGGGAAUGACGGCAAUGGGAAUGGUGGUGUCAACGGCGCUGGUAUCGGUAUCAACGGACAAGCCAAUGGGACAGCCAGUGCACCUCGUACGCGUACAUCCACCCCAAUGCCACCCGUACCAUCCACGUCGGAUACCUCGAGCGAACCUGCGCAGCAACCCGUGUAUGCAGGCGGAGUAUGGGCCAGCCGGUUCAUCGGUGGGUGGGGCGAAGUGUUCUACGGCGAUCCAAGUGCUGGACGGGGCGACCAAGCCGCGCAAAUGUCGAGUUUUGAGGAAGCUGAGGAUGAUGGACGGGGGUGUGUUAGUUGUGGAUGGGGAUGGGGACACGAUGGAAGUGCGUUUGAGGUGAUUAGUGUCGAGGUUGUGGAGAAGGGAGCACAUGUUGCCCCUGGACUCGGGAGACGUAAUAGGGACCAACGACUCGCCGAGUACGCACAACGACGCGCGGAUGUGCUCGGUUUACCACCAGCAGCAGUCCGCCCUGUAUCUCCUCCCUUCUCUGACACGACGAACAUGACGAAUUCUACACGCAAUAAGCGCCGGAGACUCGAUAUCGACGCCUUUGACGAGAUGAAGAAGGAGAGGGGAGCAGCGGAGUCGGCUGUACUCGCAGACGAGGUGCGCAAGAUGGAAGUGAGGACUGUCUUGUUCGGCAUCGCUGAUUCGCGGACGGGAAAGAUGGGGUCUGGGUAUAAAUAUGACCCUUUGGUAUUGCAAUGUGCCCUCUUCCCGCACCUUCAUAGUACGUCAAUCGUUGGACCCCCUCGGAAACGAUGGAAGCCGUCGGUGGUAGCUGACAAGACCGAUGGCGAUACGAAUAAAACGUCUGCGGGCGUUGCCGUUGUGCUUGAGUGCACAAAACAGGCUUAUCUCGUUACUUGUGUUGGCGAGGAAGACGGUUCACGGAAAUACGCCUUAUCAGUGCUUGAACCGGCCGAUGAGAAAGAAAAGAAGCAGGGUGAGAGUACUGCCGAUGCCAGCGAUGACCUUACAACGGAAACUCGCACCGCCACACCACCUUCUGCAGCAGCAGUAAAACCGACAUCCCCAACAUCCCUGACAGAAAAAUCAACGACUCCCGACGCCCCUGAAAAUCCCCCAUCGUCAGGCACGAGCACUUCUACUCCUACUUCGGGUAGUGAGACGGCAGAGGGCUGUCCCCCCGUUUCAUCUCCUACGCCACGACCGCAACAGCAACCGAAGCGGAAGCCUGGAGUUACUUCUUCCUCGGAUGAAGCAACCAAACCAACAGUUUCUCUUCACGCUCUCCACCCAAACCUCGUCGAGACAAAUUUUUUGUUUGAAAAAGACGCUGUCAUCGUUAAGCUACCUCCGAAACCGAAGGACAAGGACAAAAAUAAUACCACCGGGGACGAGACGAUAAUAACGGCGGAUGAUAAUGAUGAUGGCGGUGACGACGGUGAACUGAAAAUUAUGGUACUGAGAUGGAGAUGGUUCCAUGAAUGAUUCCACUGCUGCCUAUUACUAAUGAUCAUACAUAUUGAUUUCGCCGUUUGCUUUUGAUAUUUUGGUGUUAUCUUAGCUUUGCCUUAUGCUAUUUUCCAUGGGUGAUGUCCAGUAGACUACAUACUCACAGGGUGGUGUGCAUACUGUCAUCUGUUUUUGUACUGAAUAAACUCGCAGGAACGGCACAAGUUGCUCAAA